AUGGCUUCUGCGGCAUCCAAGGAUGUUGAGAAAGGAAAAUACUACACGGACCUGUUUGCCAAUACUCUUCGACAACGACCAGGCUUCAAGGACGAGAUCUCACAGAGCUUCGCGAAGAUAUCGAGUAUGGCAUCAGGAACCGACCCCAACUACGUAUUCGUGGUUACAUGCGACGUUUCUUCAGAAUUCUGCCAGCGUGGCUACAUUGCACAUAUGGGAGAUGAUAGGAAAACGAUGAAUUUUUGCGACAAAUUCUUCACUCUUGCAGAGAUCAAGGGGACAAACGACCGAGCAAAAGAUUGCCAAACCAUGGACCUCAGGGACGCUCACAGGUCCAAAGCAGCUAUCCUUGUCCAUGAAAUGACACAUACAAGAUAUGCCAUGCUUUGGGAAGAUCCCGCACUCGACAUUGCAUACGGAUACACCGCAAGUUACCACUUGUCUCGCGGGCUUUUCGAUCGGAGUUGCGUUAUAUACAAGGGCACCAAGGCUUUAUGUCCCAACGCCAAAGGCCAGGAAGGUCUUUGUGACGCAGAGGACUCUGGCAAAAACGCCGACUCGUAUGCGCUCGUUGCUGCUGGCAUCUAUUACACCAACAGGUGCAACAGGGUGAUUCCACUGCCUCCAGCACCGAACCCACUCUUCACAAUCGAUCCUAACUGGGAAGACUCCGCCCUCCCUGCCAAAUCCUCUGAAAUGGUUGGAAAUCCUGUUGGAAGUCCGCUUCCAAGCUCCAUUCCUAGAAGGCGCCGCCGCGAAGACCGAAGAAAAGCCUUAGCAGCCAGGUUUGAUUGUCCAGUCUACGAUGACUACAUAGUAAUCGAUGGCAAUGGCGAUGAAAGUGUAGGGUAG